AUAGGGUUGCCUCUUCGUAGAUUACCGCUUAGACGUUGGCUGCCCCGUGCUCCCACAUCCGGCGAGAGUCAUACCACAUAAAUCAACUUCAAGUCCGCUUCUUUAUUCUCCCAGAUUCAGCAAUGAUUAGAUAAAUCAAUCAAUCCAUCACUGCAAGGUUUGAGCUCAUCAGUCAAAACUUGGGGGUAGAAUUUAAAGUUCAUACCUUUUAGGGUAUGCUUUGAUGUGAAGCCAACAACUAUUGGCUUGAUGAACACAGAUGCUGUUACUCUUUCCCAGGAGUUGGACAAAAAAGAUGGGGAAUUUUAGGUUUAGGUAAAAUAUUUGGAAAGAUUAGUAGUCUAUUGAGGGAUAAUUCUUAAACCUGGCAAAAUCUUCCUCCAAAACAUUAUACCGGACAACAUCAUUCUGAUAUCAUCGAUCAUGACAUAUACAGGCAUACUCCUCUGUCACAAUAUUGUUGAGAUCUAUUUAAGAAACCCUAAACUUAUUUUGAGAUGAAGUUACAAAGUUGAUGAAAUUAAAAUGAAAUUGAUCUAGAGAUAUAUAGGAGCAUAGUUUGUGGUUUACUUUUAUAUAGGUGCAUAAUUACUUUUUUUGCUAACUAAUAGUACUUGGUUGGAGUGGCCUUGUCAGGAGCUAGAUGGAUACUAAGAUGAGCAACAGCGAGUCUCCCCGGGUGUGCAGGUUCACCUUGUGCCCAAUUGCUCCGGAGGAUAACCAAGCUGUUCGCAUCAAGUUUGCUCAUCUGGGCAAGGAUGGAGUUUUCAAUAAAAGGAUAUCGACAGUUGAUUUCUCUGCAUCGGCUCGAGAUAGGGGCAUGUCAGACUGCAAUCUUGACGAUUUCUCAUCACAUCUGGCAGCAGCGGAUAACAUUCAUUUUGAACCUUUCCACCGUUUCUGGUUGGAAGAACGGCCCUAGUUCGAUGCGCUUGAUCCGUUGGAAGUGUUGGACGCGCUUAAUCCGUUGGAAGAGCCUUUUCGGAUGGGAAAACACCAAGGGAACAACAAGAAGAGGAGAGCGGACGACGAUGCAGCCAAGGACGACAAUGGCGAUGCAAGUCCUGCUCCUGCCGUGGACAUGGAGUAUUAAUCUUAUUUGUAGUAAAUCAUCUGUUCACCUGUUUUGUAUUGUUGCUCUGGAACAUGUAAAACUAAAUUAUUUGGUAUGCAUAUUUUGUGCAUGUGUGUUUUGUGGCAUUGCUGAGCUAACUUAACUGGUGGCCUAGUUUGUGGUGCCUAGUGGAUGUAUGU